AUGGGCCUUUUGGGGUGUAAGCCAGCAAGCACUCCUAUGGAAGUAAAUGUGGAUUUGUGGCGUGAUAAUAGUCCUCUCCUAGAUGAUGCAGGUCGAUAUAGGAGAUUGAUUGGCAAGUUGAUCUAUCUUACUGUGACCAGACCUGAUAUUACCUUUGCAGUGGGAGUAUUUAGCAGGUUUAUGCAUUAUAUACCUAGAGAGGUUCACUGGACUGCUGCUCUAAGAAUUUUGGCUUAUGUUAAAAGCUGUCCGGGAAAAGGAUUACUGUAUAAGAAACAUGGACAUUUACACAUCUCUGCCUAUUCUGAUGCUGGGUAUGCAGGAAAUAUAGGAGAUAGAAAGUCUACUUCUGAAUUUUACACCUUUAUUGGAGGAAAUUUGGUUACUUGGAGGAGCAAGAAAUAA